UUAAAUAAUGUUCAUACAUGUGCGGGUCGGAUACGGGAAUCAAAGAGUAAGAUGAUGAGGUCUCGUGUGGUGUCCUCCCUCAUUGUGGACAGAAUUCGUGCAAAACCAGAGCUGAAGCCAGUUGAGAUUAUACACGAGUUCAAAGAUUAUUAUGGUAUAGACAUUUCAUACUACCACGCAUGGUUUGGCAAAGAGUUAGCUAAAUUGGACGUUCACGGUGAUGAGUCGAAGUCCUUCAACGAGUUAGUGUGGUAUGCGGACGCCGUAAAGGAAACUAACACUGGUUCUCUCUGCACUCUUGAUUGUGAAGCUGGAAUUAAUCGCUUUCGACGGUUUUUUGUGUCUUUUGGCGGUUGCAUUGCUGGAUUUCAAUAUUGCAUACCCUUGUUGUUCAUUGAUGCUACGUUUUUGAAGAGCAAGUACAAGGGGCAGCUUCUCUGUGCUUCGGGAAAGAAUGGAAAUCAAGGGUUUUAUCCUCUAGCUUUUGGAGUUGUUGAUUCUGAGACAGAGGAGAAUUGGACUUGGUUUCUUCAACAUUUGGCUUCUAUAUUGCUACCGAUGGGGAGAGUGGUGACCUUUUUCUCGGACCGCAAUCAAGGUUUGUUAAAUGCAAUGGGGUUUGUGUUUCCCGGAUGGCCUCAUUCUUACUGUUAUUAUCACCUCAAACAGAAUUUGAUAUCAAAGUACCCAAAGUCAGGUUAUGAGAAACUGCUCCAAGACCGUGUUAUCAAUUUAUUUAGUAGAUGCGCAUAUGCUGUUACGGAGGAAGAGUUUAAGGUAGCAAUGGAGGAGUUGGUGAUUGUUGGGAGUUCGAAAGUGAAGGCAUUUAUAUCUGAUUUGUCUAGAGAUCACUAUGCCAACGCAUUUUUCAAAGGAAUGCGUUAUGGGGAGAUGGCAAACAGUUUAGCGGAGUCCUUUAAUAAUUGGGUUGGUGUGUUUCGAGAUUUGCCGGUGCUACCUUUGAUAGAAGGGAUUCGACAGAAAUUGAUGGUAUUGAAUUCUCAACGACGAUUUGAAGCGGAGAAGUGGACAACAGUUUUGUGUCCGGAGAUGGAAACUAGACUCUGGACUUGUUCUUGCCGUCUUUGGCAAAUUGACGGUUUUCCUUGCACACAUGCGGUGGCUGCAAUCCUAGCAAAGAGAGAUUCAGUUUAUGAUUACGUGGAGUGUUACUACAAAACCGACUUCUUUCAAAAAGCCUAUGAGAGUCCUAUUUUUCCUAUUCCAGAUAUUGGGAAAGGAUUGGGCAGCAAUGGUUCUGCAGCUGGAGUUGUGCUUCCGCCAAUUACAAAGAGGCCAGCCGGAAGACCACCAACAAAGAGGAUCAAAGUUUUUGGUGAAUUUAAAAGGCCAUUGAAAUGCAGUCGGUGA